GUCCGGGGUAAAAAUUUCAUUUUAUUUUCAACAAUCGAUUCGGAAUAUUCUAUUGUCUAAAAAGAGAACAAAUUUUUUUAUUUCGUUUUGAGGGGAAUCUAAAAACAACGGUUUACCUUAGCGCGCAGAUAAGAUUUAGGGAAAUUACUCAGAGAGCAAUAUCUAAAUUGACAUAUCUUCAAUUUAUAUAAAAAUUUAGUCUGAGCUCAGUUGCCACUGCUUAAACAUAUCCAAUCAAGAUGGCCAAAAAGAAGGGCAAGAAAGGCAAAAAGGGCAAGAAAAAGGGCGUCAGUUGCCCAAUUCAGAUCACUGACGCCAUGAUAAGACCAAUGAUGCCAAAAGCUCCCGACUGUGAGGAGUGCUGCCAGUGCCAAUGCGACUGCGAUUGCAGUCCAGAGAUACAACCCUGCUUCAUACAGCCUUCGAUACCAGAUCCUGGUCCCGAGGCCUAUGACGAGUUCGAGGCGUGUCUCAAUGGCAGUGGUCUGACCAUACGGGUCUUAAAAAAUACGCAUAAAGUCGAGAGCGUGGACGAUGGGACGAGUACAGUCAACUUGGGACCAGGCGAUGAUCCAUGCUAUAAGAAAACAGUGGACGACUGCCCAGAGAACAACUGCCUUAACGAUAUACUCCAGCGCAGCGACUUCGCCAGGAAGCAUAUACAACGACGCACCUGCGGCAGUAUUGUCAAUCAUCCCAAUAUACCGAAGGUGCGCGCCAAUAUCAAGUAUUCGGGCAACGAUACCUGCGAAACGAACAACUAUUACGUGCCCUUCUCCAAGAUCAAGGAGGCAUGCGAAUUGCAAGAGGCCAAAGUCGAUUGCUAUCGAUCACAAUUGUGCGAUAAACAAGAGGCCAAUCUCGACUGUUAUCGCAAGCGCUUGUGCGGCGGCGGAUUGCCGUGUAUACCACCAAUCCCGCCCUCGCCGAAUAAGCGCAACUGCUGCAUGCAGGUGCAGGCGAAGGAUAUUAAGCACACUAUGGAAGGCGUCUCAUUGGAUACUCGAAAAAAGGGCAUUGAGGUAUGUUAUAAAACAUGCGAGGAAACGGAUAGCGAUGUGUUCCUUGUCAAGCUGGGCAGCAAAUCCAAGUCGCAGCACAAGAAGAACACAAUUGAGAUUGAGCUAAGGACGCCCAAGCAGCCGGUAACUUUGCCCAUGAGCAAGGUGACAACAGAGACGUACGUGACGGAGGCGUUGCUAGAUGCCGCCAAGGGUAAGAAGAAAAAGCGCAAAGGUAAAGGCAAGAAGAAGAAGAAGAAAUAGACUGGUUAUAGAUAGAGACACCGAAGAAGUCAAAUUCUUUGAUGUAUCGAUAAAGCUAGAUAGAGGAAAAGUCCGCCCACUGAUUAUAGUUGACCCUGGUUUCGAGCCAUAGUAUGUUAACUAACAUCUGGAUACAAAAUUGUAAAUAUUUAUUUAGGACAUUUGGCUGGCAACUUUAAUGAAUGAUUUAAUACAAUUGUCAAUUAAAAAUAAAUUUUCGAUAUACACAAAUCUUUGUGAAGCGCC